AUUGCAAACUAAACUAAACAACCACCACCGUGCCAACCAAUCCAAAACCCCAACUCCCAGAUUGUUCUUCGUUCACCGUAAGCGAUCCAGCGCCUCCUCCUCAGCGAGCGAGCGACUGACGAGACGAGACGGAGACGUAACCUCGCCUCGCCUCCCCCGCAUGGCGUGGGCGCGCCUCGCCUCCCGCUGCCGCCUCCGCCGGGCCGCCGCCGCCGCCUCCGCCGUCGGCAGAGGCCCACGCGCCCCGCCCGCGCCGCCUCCGCUGCCGCAGGCGGGACACGCGGCCCUCGCGGAGCCGCCGCUCAGGCGGGUCCUCCGCCUCCCCCAACUCCACUCCGCCGCCGCCGCGUCCUCGGCGCCGCACGCGCGGCUGCGAGGUGACCGGUGGCAGCGCCUGGGGCCCGCGAGGAGGUGGCUCGCCAGCGACGCCUCCGCGGCGCCGGCGGGGGAGGCGGCUGAGCUGGUGGAGGUGCCGCUGGCGCAGACCGGGGAAGGCAUCGCCGAGUGCGAGCUGCUGCGCUGGUUCGUCGCCGAGGGUGACCAAGUAGAUGAAUUCCAGCCACUCUGUGAAGUACAGAGUGACAAAGCAACUAUCGAGAUAACAAGUCGUUUCAAAGGAAAAGUACAUCAGAUUCACUUUGGCCCUGGUGACAUAGUGAAGGUUGGUGAAACUUUACUGAAAAUGAUUGUGGGUGACAGCCAAAUUGUAUCUCCAGAUAGCAUAUUUCCAUCCGCUGAUAAGUCACUUGGAGUAGAGUCUGCGGUUCCUUCAAGUGAAGGCAAUGUUCCUAGUGGAACACUCUCUACACCAGCUGUUAGGCAUCUAGCGAAGCAGUAUGGACUCAACAUAAAUGAAAUUGUUGGAACAGGGAAAGAUGGUAGGGUUUUGAAAGAAGAUGUGUUGAACUAUGCUGUUAACAAGGGUCUUUGUGAAGAACAAUCAUCAUCGUUGGAAGAGAACAUUGGUCAAGUUGAGUUACCGGAGGAAAAGAAAUCAUUAUCCGACAUGCACUUGUAUGAAGAUAAGAAAAUUCUUCUCAGGGGAUACCAGAGAGCAAUGGUCAAAUCAAUGAGCCUGGCUGCAAAAGUUCCACAUUUUCAUUAUCUGGAGGAAAUAAAUUGUGAUUCUCUUGUGCAACUGAAGACCAGAUUUCAAAAUGAGAACAAAGAUAACACUAUCAAGCACACAUUCCUUCCGUUCCUCAUAAAGUCACUUUCUAUGGCACUGAGUAAAUAUCCUAUGUUGAACAGCUCUUUCAUUGAAGAAACCAAUGAAGUUGUGUUGAAAGGAUCCCAUAACAUUGGGAUAGCAAUGGCUACAGCGCAUGGUUUAGUCGUGCCAAACAUCAAGAAAGUGCAAUCACUAUCAAUAUUGGAGAUCACAAAGGAAUUGGUGCGGUUGCAUGAGAUGGCAUCACACAACAGGCUAAGCACUGCAGAUAUUGAAGGUGGCACCAUAACACUUAGCAACAUAGGCGCCAUUGGUGGCAAGUUCGGCUCACCACUUCUGAACCUGCCUGAAGUUGCCAUCAUUGCCCUGGGGCGCAUUCAGAAACUUCCUCGCUUUGAUGAUGACGAAAAUGUUUACUCUUCAUCCAUAAUCAAUGUUACUGUUGGAGCCGAUCACCGAGUUGUUGAUGGGGCCAUGGUUGCAAGAUUCUGCAAUGAGUGGAAGGGCCUCGUGGAGAAGCCAGAGCUGCUCUUGCUGCAUAUGCGAUGAUCCAGUAAGAUACCUGAUGCGAGGGGAUUGCCCAGAAUUUGUAAAGAUGGGCUGAAAUGAAGGCAUUCCGGCAUCGCAACUUCACACCAUAAGCCAAUGUAGGCAGUCACUCACGUAUGUAUACAAAUAAGACGUCGCCUGCAAAUACUGGACUCGCAUCAUGUACAUGACCGUACACCUUUGCAAUAAAAAUGGGGGAUUUUUAUUUCAGAGUAUAA